AUGGGACACAAGUGCAUCUCUAAACCCUCGCCGUUACAAACACUCAUCCUCUCCACCAUCCUCCUCUUCAUCUCCCCUACCUCUGCCAUGCCAGGGCCUGACUAUGGAGGCCACCCGCGGUUCAUCUGCAUUCCCGUCCCUGCCGAUACCGACCCUGCCUGCUUCCCCUCUGGGGGGCCAGUCAUGGGGCCUAGCGGGGCAGGGCACCACGCGCCUCCUGUAGGGCCCCCGAACAAUAAUGGCUGGUGGGGAAUGACAGAGGAGGCUAAAACCACUAUUUUACACCUGAGAGAGAGCCUGGUGCAGCAGAAAGAGACCAUCCUGGAUAUGAGAGAGACCAUCAGGGAGCUGACCGCCAAGCUCACCCUGUGUGAGGGCUCUGGGCCGGGCAUCGGGGCUCACAACGACCACCAUGAACCUCCAUCUCAUCACGGAGGGGCUGUCAGCCAUCUGCCUUACGCUGACAACGGUCACCAUGGCAACCAGCAGGGUCACCAUGGAAACAACAACCAUGCCUUGGAUGCAGCCGAACACUACCCUGGGAAUGGGGGGCACCGGUUGGACAGUGGGCAUAACAACAGGGGGAAGGAUAAACACUCAACACCAGAGGAUAUGAUAUCAUCAAAAUCGCCGGAGGAACUGGGCAGGAUGCUGCAGGCCCUUAAAGAGAGAAUGGAUAACCUGCAGCAGUCACGGAACACCUCCACCACCUACUCCAGCUCUCUGAAGGAGCUCCUCCAGAGGAAGAUCAGUGCUCUGGAGCAGCAGAUGCACCACACCGCUGCUGCCCUCAGCAGCAGCCCCAAUCACCAUGACGACAGCGAUCACCACGAUGACGGGCACCAUGAAGACCACGACGAUGACGGGCAUCACGAUGACAGUCACCAUGACAAUCACCAUGACAAUGACGGGCAUCACGACGACAGUCACCAUGACGACCACCCCGAUGAUCACCAUGAUGAUGGGCAACACGACAACGAGGCAGAUAGCCAUGGUUACCUGCAGAGAACGGGUUUUCGCAUACCAGGGCCCAAGGCUGGCCUGCACUCCAACAACAAACUGGACUCUCUACUGAAUAACCUGCACCAUACAGGUACCAACAGCAGGAAGAAGACCAAGACCCCUGAUGCCUUCCAGAUCGGCUUCCCAAUGAGAACCAACUACAUGUACGGGAAGGUGAAGACGACCCUCCUCCACGAGAUCUUUGCCCUCACCCUGUGUCUGUGGAUAAAGGGGGGUGCAGGCCCCGGGCUGGGGACCCCCUUCUCCUACUCUGUACCAGGACAGGCCAACGAACUGGUGCUGAUCGAGUGGGGCAACAACCCCAUGGAGCUGCUGGUGGAUGACAAGGCAGUGACUCUGCCCCUUUCUAUCAGCGAUGGGAAGUGGCACCAUGUGUGCGUGACGUGGUCGACGAGGGACGGUGAGUGGGAGGCGUACCAGGACGGGGUGAAGAGGGGCUCUGGGGAGAACCUGUCCGCAUGGCAUCCCAUCAAACCUGGAGGGGUCUUCAUCCUCGGACAGGAACAGGACACUCUGGGAGGUCGUUUCGACGCCACGCAGGCGUUUAUGGGGGACAUCUCUGACCUCCAGAUGUGGGCUAAUGUCCUCACGGCCCAUGACAUCUACAGCCUGGCCUCCUGCAACAGCCACCUCAGCGGGGACGUGAUCACCUGGUCCGAGAACGUGGUGGAGCUCCACGGAGGGGUCACCAAGUACCCCUUUGACCCCUGUCACUAA